UAUACCGCGAAAAAUAUCGGGGGAAAGUACUCUAUGAAAACAUGUACGCGUAAGAGGAGAUGAAUUGCUGGUGAACUAAGUUCACAAUGGGAGACAGAUCGGUUGUGUUUUUGCAGAUGGCAGUGAUCCUGAAUGCAACGACCCUUUCCAUGCAAGGAAACGAGGAUGAAGAGGACGAUAGUUACGUUCCAUACGACCAGCGACCUGAAACUUACAUAGUACCCGUUGUAUUCUUAUUAAUCUUGGUAGUCGGUGUAAUUGGAAAUGGGAUUCUGGUGUUCACCCUCGUGUGUCACGCCAGUAUGAGAAAUGUGCCGAAUACCUACGUUUUAUCCCUGGCUUUGGGCGAUCUUCUGGUGAUCAUAACGUGUGUACCGUUCACGUCGCUUCUGUACACGAUUGAGUCAUGGCCGUGGGGCCUGGCAGUUUGCAAAUUAUCGGAGUGCGCCAAGGAUAUUUCGAUCGGUGUCUCAGUUUUCACUCUGACCGCGUUAUCAGCCGAGAGGUACUGUGCCAUCGUGAAUCCAAUUCGCCGCCAUGUAGCCGGGCUCAGUGCAAAACCAUUAACGAUAUUAACAGCCUGCCUUAUUUGGGUGCUGGCAAUUGUUUUGGCGAUGCCAGCUGCCUUUUUCUCUUACGUGCCCACCGUACCGUUACAGAGUAAUCAUUCUAUCCUGAUCUGUAGUCCCUUCCCCGAGGAAUUCGGACAGAGCUAUCAAAAGGGAAUGGUGAUGUUCAAGUUCCUCGCUUACUAUGCGAUACCGUUGCUAGUGAUAACUGGAUUCUAUCUGGGGAUGGCACGACACCUCGAACUAUCCACCAGGAAUAUGCCAGGCGAGUUGUCCACCGGAUGUCAUCGUAUGGAACAAAUUAAAGCACGUAAGAAGGUCGGCAAGAUGGUGAUAGCAUUCGUAGUUAUCUUCUUUAUUUGCUUCCUGCCACAUCACGUGUUCAUGCUAUGGUUCCACUUUUGCCCAUCGUCCAAGCAAGACUACGACGAUUUCUGGCACGUCUUCAGGAUCCUUGGCUUCUGCCUGAGCUUCAUCAACAGCUGCGUCAAUCCUAUUGCACUUUACUUUAUCAGCGGGACUUUUCGCAAGAGAUUCAACAAAUAUCUUUGUUGUUGUCUACCGAGAAGGAGUAGAAGAAUAUGUCGAACGGAGACGACAGAUAGUUCGGAUAGGAACAGUAAUCGGGGAAUAAAUUUCUCGCAAAGAAGACGCGUGGGUAGACAGGACACGCUCAAUGAAACCAGCUUUGGAUCCACGUUUCGAAGACAUACUCAAGAACUGAACUCGACGGCUCUCUACGAAUUACCGAGCGAAGAGACCACGAGGCCGACUUGGAUCGAUGGUGAAGUUCCUUCGAGUUUUGUUAGAAUUACGGAAAAGAUGAAAAGAUACUCGUCGGCACCCUGUUUGAUGGAUGGAAACGGCGACAGCAAGAAGGCAAAGUCAGUAGAGGAGCCAAAUGCCAGGGAGUAUUUGCAGUUGGCGCUGGCAAGAGUGUUGGAAUUGCAACGAGAGAUCAAAGAGGGAACGUACACGUCAGAUCGUACCAGCGACCUCGGUGAAUCCAGUAGCGAGGAAGACCUGACAAAGGAAGUUAUUCGCAAGGUAUUCGAGGAUCUGCCGGGGACACCCGACACGGUUGGAAAAAUAGUGGAAAAGAUGAUUAAGCCGAACAAUUCUCAACUGGACGCGAUUCACGGUAAAAGAAUUCAACUGUUGGGUUACGACACCUGCCGUAGAACUGCGAUCGAGUUUAUGAAGAAUGCAGUUCGCGAAACUCGACGCGAUGCAACAACGAAAUCGUUUCAAUCAGGCUUUCGUCUGGGGACUUAUUCGAGGAACGAACCGAGGAUGGCGCAUCGUAGGACCGGUUUGAGGAAAAGUUCAAUUUGCGAUCAAGAGAUUCGUGACAGGAUGCUAAGGAGCUUGGAUCUGCACUUGGCCAAUAAACAAAGAGAUUACACGGCCAAGUUGAUGAGACUGGGCAUGUAAGAUGAAUGCCAAUAGGAUUUUCCUUGUCAUGUUUUUUGUCGUGUUCGAAUCGCAAUGAAACUUUUUGGAAUAUUUUUAUCCUCCGAUUAAUCUAUUAAUAUAUAAUUAAGAAUUUUUUCUAAGUUUUCACUAGAGUUUUUGUAUUAACGAUGUUUGAUCUAGUCAGAUUUAUAGAGAGUUGUCUCUUAGGAAAUCACUCUAGUCAUGUACACUUCUAGUCAUCGAAUGUUAAUCGUGAAAGUUGAGACCGUGGAGUCACGGUAUAAAUUAUUUUUCUACGAUAUAUGUAUACGAAAUGUGUGAAUUAUGAAACAACUUAAAGCUGAAUUGAGAAGAUUAUUUCGUGAAUGAUAAUUUGUGUACUUGAGAAUUCAGGUCAUGGGUUCGUCGAUUUUUUUGUAAAAAAACGUUUAUUUAUAAUAUAUAAUUAAAAAAAAAAAAAGAAGAAAAGGGAAUAAAUCAAGAAAUUUUAAAAAUAUCUACAAUACGAUUUAGACACCUAAAUGUUCCACAAUCUUCCAUUUCGUCUCUCAGAAAAAUAGAAAAUAGAAAUAAAUGUCAAAAUGUUCGCCAAUGAAUAGACUAGAUGAUCUUUUUUAUUUAUUUCGUGAAAAUCAAAGAGAAACAAUUUCUGUUCGGGGUAAAAACAUUUUUUUCAAUUUUUAUAUAAAAAAAUAAUUUCCCCAUUUUCUUUUCUUGUCUCUCUUAUCGUUUCGUAAUAAAUAGACCCGUACAGCUUUUUUCUUUUUCAUUCUAAUUCACAUUCUGCAUUCGUGAAUCCUCGAGGAUGUUUUACAGCAAAUGCUCGAAGAUUUCCACGUGAUGCCUAAUGAAAUAUUAUGCUCAUUUAUGCGGUUUACCAAUAUACAUUUACUAAUAUACAAUCCUAAUCGAAACGCAAUCGACGAAAAAACGCGCCUCUCGUAUAAAGCAAUUGUCGACUGUUUCUCGCGUUCUCAUAGUGAAAAAUACUUUUUUAAAAGACAAUGCGCUUUUAACAAUUAUCCUAAUGUGCGUAAAAAUUCAUAUUUAUCUAUCACUUUUCUAAUCUACAAAUAAAAUGUUUGUUAUUUAUUUGUUAACAGAGAUAUCGUUAAUUUAAUUAAUAGUUUCAUAUAUGCUAUAAUUUCAAUUGUCUAUUAAAAAUCCUUACGUCGUUGAAUUUUCGGAGAUAAAAUGAUUAUUUUAGGAACUAAGAAAGUGUCAUAAGCUUAAAUUCUAUGAUCUAAAUAGUAUGAAAUAUCUUUCCUAUAUUCGUUGCAUUAAUAUUUAUUCUGAAAUUAAAAAUGAUGAUACGAGAGACCGUGCUUCGCAUCCCCUACAAUUCAAUCUUAUCUGCCUUUUCACAUUUAAAUGUACAAUUAAAAUAUUUGUCGUAUAAUCUACUCCCUACGAUAUAUAACUAAUACAAUAUUGUUUAGAUAUAUAAUUCCUAAUAAAACUAAACGUAUAUAGAGGGCUCCGCAGCAGGAUAUAGAAUUGCUGCCAAUGAGAAUAAAAUUCUCGAAGAAAAA